AUGGCUGAUCCCGACGCUGAUUUUUCUAAAAGGCAUGGUACGAGAGUAUUCAAGAAAAGUAGUCCAAAUGGAAAAAUUACGGCCUAUUUAUCCAAACGGGAUUUCUUAGACCACUUAACACACGUCGAUCCAAUUGAGGGUGUUGUUUUGAUUGAUGAGUCUUAUGUAAGAAAUCGGCGCGUUUUUGUUCAUGUUUUGGCUGCAUUUCGUUAUGGGAGGGAGGAUCUUGAUGUCCUGGGUUUGUCAUUCAGGAAAGAUCUCUUUGUAGCUUCGGCACAAAUCUAUCCUCCACAACAGCCUUUUCUUGGUGAUCUUCCCACUAAUCCAAUCCCUAUAGUUGCUGUUGCAUCUUAUGAUAGUGGAAAUAGACGCCGAAGAAGUUCGAACUACGAAGAUGAAGGCUCCAUUGUGAAUGUCAAUGACCCUCAAGUUGACGUUAAACCACUCACUCGUCUUCAAGAACGUCUCAUCAAGAAGCUUGGAUCAAGUGCUUAUCCUUUUUACUUUGAGGUCAGUUGCCUUUGGUUUAUUUAUUAG